AUGAUGAUGGUUGUGGCCACCAUCGCAGCCCUAAACGAACGGAACGGGUCCUCCCUGCAGGUGAUCGAGAAAUACAUCGGAGGAAACUACAACUGCGAUGUCGGCAAGAUUGCAAGAUUGGCAAAAUUGAGUCAAGACAUUGGCUACGUGCUGUACUCGGCGCUCGGAUCGUUCUACAUUCCCAGCUGCAUCAUGGUGUUCGUCUACAUUAGGAUCUACUACGCGGCGAAGGCCAGGGCACGGCGGGGGAUCCGGAAGAAGCCGCUCAAACCGCCCAGCGAACAGGACACAAGUUUCACGCGUCCAGCGAAUCCGAUGCCAUCGCUUCCCAGUGCCUCAUCGAUGUCGGCCGUUGCGGUGGCUCCGGCGUCAUCCGUCAACGGAAACGGCCAAUACGCCACGGCCAACAGCAACAACAACAAUAACCUAAGUAGUGGCCCCAACAAUCCUGGCCAGCAUCAGCAGCAGAUAGCGACGAUUGAACCUCCACCGAGGGGGCUGGCGGGAGGUGCAGCUGGUGGUCCAACGCAGCAGAUGUCGAUCCCGACGGUGACGUGCGACUUCGCAUCCGAUAUGUCCACAAGCGAAGCAGCCGACCAUGACCAUGCAGCUGCGGUAGCGGAGAUGAAGGAUACGCUCAAAGUCGGUAAACCGGGGAUCGGGCUAACGUCACUGCCAUUGCUGAGAGGGAACAACGGUUCGGCGGCCAGCAGUUCGGGGGCGGUGAUUAGUCCGGGGUUAGCUAGGAAUAGAGCACUUUCGGUAGGGAUCGAAACCGAUAUGGUUAGCGAAUUUGAUCCAUCGAGUUCCGACUCGGGGGUGAUAAGUAGGUGUGCGGUGGUGAAACCGCUCAAGUUUAGGCUGUGUCAACCAAUUUUCGGCAAGAGAGUAGGUAAGGGUCGUAAUAAGAACAAUAAUGCGAGGGGAAAUUGCGCAGGGGUGGGACCGGCAGCGAUGGGAGGUCAAGCGAUAUCGAUAUCGGCCAAACAGAACGAUAGCGCUUGUAGCGAACUGGAACCUGCACUGCCAAAGCCGAAGCCACGGGACCCGGAGAAAGAAAAGCGACGGAUAGCGCGGAAGAAGGAAAAGCGAGCUACACUGAUUCUGGGGUUAAUUAUGGGAAGUUUUAUUGCCUGCUGGUUGCCAUUUUUCUUCCUUUACAUAUUGGUGCCCGUUUGCAAGGACUGUCACAUACCGGACUUUGCUUUCUCGUUGGCCUUUUGGUUGGGUUACAUGAACUCGGCUCUGAACCCGGCCAUCUACACCAUCUUCAACAAGGACUUCCGGAGAGCCUUCAGGCGGAUCCUGUUCAAGUGAUGUUUGGCGUACGUGUGCUGCUACCGUUGCGUUUCCCGAAGCAUCGAAAAGGCUACGGAACGUGCGGUCAGCGGCGCACAGUUGGGUGGAGGUGGCUACCGUGGAGGCUAUCUGCGAUAACCCCCCUCUGCCCGCAAAAACCCACCAACGAAGCGCGUCCUGCUGUGACGUAGCUUCGAAUUCAUUGCCUUUUCCACUUUCGCACUGACAAUGCACUGGAAGAUUAGGAGCGAAGAGCGAGGCACCGAGACCAUCUGACACGCAAACACACAUUCAAACACCAAUAGGUAUCUAGGCACAAAUAAGAGAAAAGGGGAAAAGACCACCAUAGUCAAACUCCGACGCUUUUUUCGGAGUUGCACCUACAAUUUCCUUUUCUAUUAAAAAGAAGUCAUCUUCCUACCCCCGAAAAGGCGGUUAAGAAUGGAAACUUUUCUAUCAUUUUUCUUUCUUCUCGUUACCUUUGUGUAAUGGUACAAGAAAGAAACA